AUGUCAAAAAGUUUGGAAGAAGAGACAAAGGAAGAGUACGUUCUCGAGCUGCUGUGCUCGGAAGGGGAUUCGAGGAAGAUAAACUUCAUAGGAGACGUCUGCACAAUAGGAACGGUCUCAAAGGUGGAUGUGAAACUGAAGCACCCCGAUCUGCUGGAGUUCUCCCUGGACUACAAGAACGACCUGCUCCGAGUGGUCUCCGGAAAAGUGAAGAUCAACGGGGAGAUAAUAACGAAGGAGUUUAAGAUACACUAUCCCUGCAUAAUAGAUGCAGCUGACCAGCUGCUGAGAAUAACAAAAGUAGCAAAAGACCCGAAGACAGCGGAAACCCAGCAGGAAGCCCAGCUGAAGGCUGUGAAGCAGUUUAUUACUUCGCAGACAGUGGAGCAAGACAUAGAAGACGAGACUCCAUCAGACCACACGUCCGAUGCCUCUGGAGACACCUUCAGCAACGAAAUUAAGAACCAAAUACUCUCGCUAGGCACCCCCAGCGAGAGACAGGAGGCAUGGGACUGUCUGAACACAUCGGGCAUGGACAUAGGAGGCCUUCCAGACCUUCUCGACGAAGACAAAAAGAUGAUCUCAGAGCUCUGCGAGAGAAUGGGCCUGGAUGCAGACUCCAAUGAAACAGACAAAGAGCUGGAGCCAGAGAUGUACUCAGACGAGAUCAGAAGAGAGCAGGAGGAACAGGAAGCAGCAGUGAACGAGCAGAUAGUGGAGUCAGUGACUGAAGAGAAGCAGCACCCAGCAAACACAGAGGUAGCAGACAAUGACGCAUCCUUCAAUGUAUCCAGGAUAAGCAUCUUUGAAGGGAUACCGUACAUGCCAUCUGAGCCAGAGAAAGAAGAAGAUAAAGAAGAAAGAGUUAGUGCACAGAGCGAAGCAAAUACUCUACCAGAAGAGAGCACAGCGACUAAUCAGGUGAAUAACAGUGAAAUAGUAGAAGAGAGUGAAAUAAACAAUCAGAGUAUACUAUCUACUGUAGCUGCUGACAAUGAAAUGGCAGUUAAUGAAGCAGCUAAUGAGUCUGUGGUCACUGAAAUAUUAGCGGAUAGCAAGGAUGAGACAGCCAAUGCAGAUGGUAAUACAGUGACUGAAGAAGCAGUAGAUGAGAAUGGAGAUGAAGCAGCUAAUGAGCUAGUGGAUGAUAAUGAAGUAGAAACUACCGAUAUAAAACAGAAUGAAAUGAAAAUAAGUCAUGGUAAAGUAGAGGAAGAAGUGCCUACACAGGAAAUAAAGCCAUCUGAGCCAGCAGAAGAGACAGUAGAGCAUCCCUCUACUCCUAAGAAGGCAACAAUAAGCCUAGACGUUCCCUCCACUCCUGCGCCCUCCACCCCCGGAAGGUCUCUCAGAAGAGCCUCCAUUUCUCAGCAAAUCAUCAACCAGCAGAAGACGCAGCCAGAGAAAAAGAAGAAGAAGAAGGCAGGAGAGAGCAAAAGAAAAAAACAAAAAACAAAAAAAUAA